CUCUGUAGCUCGCUGUGUUGUUUGCUUCAGAGCUCAUUGAUCCCAGCAGAUCACGUCAAACAGUUCACCCACACACAAUGUUUGCAAGAGAUCUAAUGAAAUACUGUGAACGCCCCACCUGACACAACGACACAUGAACAUCACAGUUGAUCCUCUGACCAUUUUACAUGUGCACUCAGGAACGGAAACUGUGGCUUACUCAUUUUGCGGUGCGAUGUGUAGAUGUGGAAGCAAAGAAAAUGCUCGAGUCUCAUGACAGUAGACGCUGAGCUCCAAGAGUCUAACCUACAUUUGCCUGUUGACAGGGAAUCUGAGCUGAAGAUGGCGACCACCAUCACAUUUGGAACAACGAUUGAUCCAUGCAAGACCUCUUCGUUUGGGAGGGCUCCAGAAGAACCUGAUGAAAAAGGAAACUGUGACCCGGAUAAACUUCUUCAGUGCCCUUUCGACAAAAAUCACCAGAUCCGAGCUUGCCGCUUCCCAUAUCAUCUCAUAAAGUGCAGGAAGAAUCAUCCCAAACUGGCCAGUGAGUUAAAAACCUGCCCUUUUAAUGCUCGCCACCUGGUCCCCAAGCAUGAGCUCAUGUACCAUACAGAAACCUGUGAGGACAGGAUAUCUGUGGACACUGAAGAAACUGGAAACACGAAUGGACAUUGUCAGUGGCAGGUCCCUGUCAGCACCUGGGUGAACCCAAACAUGACUGAGGAUUGGGAUGAAGAGGCUGAUGAUAACGCUGCUCCGUUUGUGUGGGGUGUAAAUAGAGCGUUUGAUCUAAAACAGGAGACGAUGCCAACCAACAACCUUGGUCUGAGUUUAAGAACACCCAAAACCCUCCCGUGGUAGCCGACCUGCGCCACAACUUGCGCACGGCCGUUACAUAUCCGCAGAAUGUUGGCCAAAUGCAUACGCAUGCAGUCAUGGAUAUUUCUUUUAAAGUUUGUUCUUAAGCCUUUAAACUGAUCAAAGUUGUUUUAAUUUGCACGACUGUACUUUAGUUUUUAUUUCUUGGAUAAAGGUUGCAGAGCUUUGUAGUCACCUGUCAUUGCAAGAAUCAUAAAUGCAAAGUUUAGUACAAGUUGAGCAACACUGGUGCCUUUUUUAUUCUUUUAAAUUGUUUGGCAAUCCCCUCUUGUAACAACAACUAACAACAUUGGUUUAUUAUUGUGUGCUUGUUUUAUUAAGUGUUUAUUUCAAAUAAAGCUGUAAUAAGCUAAUAA